GUAAAUACUGCAUCGGCAAGUCGUUUUUAUGUGUCUGAUUUUGAGUCUACAUCAAUCCGCAAUGCACCGUUCUUUCCUGACGCCAGUUCCCACCUGGACUCGAGCUUGGCUCUUGCUUCAGACGAGAUCACUUUGGCAUGCAGAUUUCUCAUGGCCACAAUUAUACGUCGUAAACGCCUCAACAAUACGAACCGCAGAUCUUCGAUUCGAAGUAGUCUGACGAGCCAUGCAUUCGACUACGGGUACCGCUAUGAACUCGACUAACAGCGUUUCAUUUUGCCAAACCAUCACAUCGACGGCACUGUUGGCUUCCUCUUUUGCUAUAGAGAACUUAUAGCUAAUGAACUACAGGCUUGGUCUAAGAGACGUGGUCGUGGAUCUUGAUGGACACACCAUGUCAGCGACUCAGUAUCCUACUGUUACCACUGGUUGGUGGGAAAAGCAGCUCCCAGACGGCGUCCACACAUGGGUACCGAUUGUGUACACCCAGACAUUUGCUACGACUGCUCUUGAUCAGCUUGCGUCACCUAUAAGCGGGAAGAUUGGGCUCGGGAAUACAACAGCAACGGCGGGUGAUGGAUUUGAAGGUGAAGCGUCAGCUCAAGUGACAAACUCUGCAACAGCGGUAAGGAUGACAUAUGGGGCCAAACUCAAAUUGAUGGUGGCUCUGGGUCUGUCUGUGAUUCUGGCUGGUGGAUCUGUCGGCAGAUGGUAGAGACGAAACCUUUUUGCGCACGCGGUUGAUACGCUGUCUAUACCGUACCAUCUUGCUUCAUCCUCUGCGCUCUUCACAACAGGAACCGUUUUGGAUCGGCCGGAGAUUUUCCCACUAGAUGGCUGUAGCAGAUGGAAUCGGUGAGCUUAGCGAUGAAGUUGCAGAUAGUAGGAUAGGAGCCUGAUCGAUAGCACUCUAAUUAUA